AUGCUAGAAAUAAACUCCCCACGCCCAGAGCAUGCGCAAUUGGGGUGCACUGGUGUGCACCCCAAGGCCGCAGCCUCUGGACUUUUGACAGCCCUUCACCACCAGGUGUUGAAUGCCACGACAAGGUCGAGAAAUGGCCACGACGUGGGCAGCAUUGACGCGGCCGUAUUGGAACCGGGUGAGGCGCAUCUGAUUCCGUCGCCGCCGCUUUCGCCCAAGCUAGGAGCUGAGGACCGGCUUAAAAAGCGAGUUCCUACCUUGCCGUUCCAAUUGCCACCCUCGACGUCCGAAUCAAUGGUUGUGAAGGCCGUCUGUAGUCCGCAGACCUCUGUUAGGAGCCACCGCGUGGCGCUCGUUGGGUUUCUGUCGCAAUACCGGUGCCUUGAUCUCUCGCAGGCUCGCAACAAGCGAUUCAGCCACAACAGCAACAAUGGUGGCCAUAACAAGAGCCUGCGCCGCACCACCGCUCGCAAUUACACGUACUCAUCGGCCACUGGCGGGAACUCGAACUCGGAUUUUGAAAGGACGUAUCGUACCAGACGGGUUACUGGGCGCGUUGACAGCCAUUCUCAAAGCUCGGGUGCUCAACAUCGCGCAGUUCGGCCAGCCGAGUUUUCACCCGAUCACACCCCAAUUUCAAGGCCCUCCACCCCGUCGAGUCGACACCGCAAGCCUGUAUCAGUCUCCUCUCCCUUGGCCUCUGCAGCAGCCGUUUCCGCUCCAAAUAUGAGCUGGGAACGUUUGCCAGAUUUCAGUCCUCCAUUGUCCUCUUUGCCUGACAACAAUAAGUGUUUGAAAGUGGAAUGGAAGGGCUCAUCGAUGGACCUAUCCGGCGAUCCUUUAAAGGAAUAUCUGCAUUCUGCUGAGUUGCAGCUCGCACAAAUAUUGAGAUUGCCUUGCGACUUGUACUUGGACUCGAAACGUAGACUUUUCCUGGAGAAAAUGCAUCGUUUGAAGCAAAACCUUCCAUUUAGAAGGACAGAUGCUCAAAAAGCGUGUCGGAUUGAUGUCAACAAAGCUUCCAGGCUUUUUGCAGCCUUUGAAAAGAUCGGUUGGUUAGAAGACGAAAACUUCACGAGAUUUUUGUAG